UCUGUACAACCGUCGCAAAUGUAAGGUGGAUGAUUCACUACCGUUUUCUACGUUAUGGUUUAUCAGACCAACGGUCUGGAUCACGAACUCAUGGGCCCCACUCGUACAAACUAAAACCCCAGUAUACCAUCCUCCGUCGACGAUCGUAUUAUAAUCUCUCCAAGUUGGAGCAAAGGGGGAAGAAAUCAGGGUUUUUCUUAUUCCCAACGAACGAAGGAGAAACCCUAGGAGUCCGAAAAUACAGCCAUGGCGAAGAAUAGGAACAAGAAGGAUAACAAAAAGGGCGCCGAUUCGAUGGAGAUCUCCACACAUACUACUGAUGCAAAUCCUCCUCAAGCGAUGGAUACGUCAGAAGUAGCAGAUUCAAACCCAGCUCUUGGAGUUAUGAGCAGCAGAAAGAUGAAGAAGACAGCAGCACAGACAAGAAGAUCGAAGAACAUUAGGAAGCAGAAGGCCAUCGAGAAAGCCAUAUCUAAAAGUGAAAAGUCAGAGGAGAAGAUUUCAAAGGGCAAAAGCAAGGUGUCGAGAAUCCAGUCCGCAAAGUCCUUGUAUGACUAAGGAAAAAUUAUUAUUCUCGGCUGCAGCAGCUUGUGAAUGGAGAGAAAAGGUAGAGGCAGCACGCGGUUUGUAAUUUCAGUGGCAGUUUUGUUCAGCUUGUUUGUUUGCAUUUGCUGAUUAGUUGCAUUUAAAAAUUUUAAAUAUCUGUCGGUGAUUUGGUAAUCUUUCAUCGGCGCUGUUUACUCA